AUGACUCAAUCACCUCAAGAAAAAGAUGCUAUAGUUCGUCGUCUCAGUGAUGAUAUUAAUCAAUUUAAAACAAGUCAUCAUUUACCUGAUGAUCUUGAAUCGAUGACUGAUGCAAUUAGUCAUCUUCAAAAACAAGCACAAGAGGUAAUGCGUCAAAAACCAAAAUGGCAAUCAUAUUUUCAAGGACAAAUGAUAUCAAAAGAUGAUUAUGAAUUUAUCUCUAAUUUUGAUCAAUUAAAUGCUGAUGGACGAGCUAAACUUUUAUCGGAUCCUAAUUCAAGAAAUCAAUGUGCAAAAACAUUUUUAACAUUAAUGUCAAAAUUAUUUAAACAACAAACACUUAGAUAUUUACUUACAUUAAUGGAUCAAUGUCUUCGGGAAGAUAAAAGUCGUGUAGAAAUAUUUAAUACAUAUGCUAAAAUGAAAAAAGAACAAUUAUGGUCGUAUUUUUUUAAUAUGUUUGCUAAUCAAGAUCAAUUUGUUGUUUAUCAAACCAGUCGAAUUAUUGCAAAACUUGCUUGUUGGAGUGUUGAACGAAUGCCACCAUCUGAUUUAUCAUAUUAUUUAGCAUGGCUCAAAGAACAACUUAAACCGCAAGGUAAUGAAUAUUUACAAAGUGUUUGUCGAAGUUUACAAAUGAUGUUACGUAUUGAACCAUAUCGUGAAGCAUUUGUUGCUAUUGAUGGUAUUCCAAGCAUUAUGCAAGUAUUAAAUAAUGCUACGGUUGGUUUUCAAGUACAAUAUCAACUUUUAUUUUGUUUAUGGGUAUUAACAUUUAAUCGCAAUAUUGCUGCUAUUAUGUCCAAAUAUACUGUCAUUCCACGUCUUAGUGAAAUUCUUGCUGAAACUCAGAAAGAAAAAGUAACACGUAUGAUCGUAGCAUUUUUACGAAAUUUACUUGAAAAACCAGAAAGUGAUAAAGUAAUUCGUGAGAAUGCUAUGACAAUGAUUGCAUGCCGACUUGUUAAACCAUUAGAAUUACUUAGUAAUAAAAAAUUUGAUGACGAUGAUAUUAAUGAAAAUGUUGAAUUUAUAAAAGAAAAACUUGAAGGAAAUUUAGCAGAUGUUACUUCAUUUGAUGAAUAUGCAGUUGAAAUUCGUUCAGGCCGUCUUUCAUGGACACCAGUUCAUCAAAUGGAAAAAUUUUGGGUAGAAAAUGCUGCAAAAUUAAAUGAAUCAAAUUUUGAAUUAUUGAGAAUGCUUCUUCGUUUACUUGAACAAAGUAAAGAACCAUUGGUUUUAUGUGUUGCUGCACAUGACAUCGGAGAAUAUGUUCGACAUUAUCCUCAUGGAAAAAAAGCUAUUGAUAAACUCGAUGGUAAAGUUAUCAUUAUGCGUUUAUUAGAGAAUCCAGAUUCCAAUGUUCGAUAUCAAGGUUUACUUUGUGUUCAAAAAUUAAUGGUUCAUAAUUGGGAUUAUCUUGGUAAACAAGCAGAUAUAAGUGCAGGAAAUAAUAGCAAUUUGACAAAUAAUGGUUUAGGACAACGACCAGUGGAAUCACGAGCUUGA